ACUGUCUGGAUGGCUGCGCACGACCCCGCCCGCUCCCGUGACGCAGCGCAUCUCUUUACGCGCAGAUGCUGGAGUCGAAGCGACAGGCGCGCACAUCUCUUAGGGGCUGAGCGCAUCCACUACCGGACACGGUAGAGGGAAGAUCAGCCGGUGUGCAUCCGACAGGGAUCCCCCGGACAGCGGGGUAGGAUGCUCAGAACGAGUCGCUCCGUGGGCAGCAGUACUUGAAGAGCUGCGGUCCAUCCACUGGAGCGCUUUAAGAUUGAUCUCGAAUCAAUUCCUCUGGCUUUUUUAAGAAACACCACCGUCCAGUUUAGUAUUUAGAACCAGUUUGAGGGUAGAUCGGGGUUUGGCUUGGACACGAUGUGGAAGUCCGGGACACUACUGCUACUGUCGGUGCUGUGGGCGUCCGGUGAACUCCAGCAGGAGACAGAGCCGCGGAGGCUACCACCUCCGGGAAAGUUGGAUUUUGGUUAUGUGCCUGCGGGAGUUUACGAGACAUUGGCCCAUUACGAACCGGGACCCAUAGGGAUCCUUUUCCACUUGGUGCACGCUUUCCUGCAUGCGGUGCAACCCAACGCUUUCCCCCACGAUCUUAUUGUGAAGCUGGCAAAGGACAAGUUUGGAGCCAUUCAAACAGAAUAUCAAAAGCCAGAGAACAUAGUGCUGACCCUGCAGGCCAUCUACUAUGAGAUAGGCUUCCUCAUAUGUGCAGCGGUGGGCCUACUCUUCGCCAUCCUCAUGCCCGUUGUGGGGCUCUUCUUCUGCAUGUGCCGCUGCUGCGACAACUGCGGUGGUGAGAUGCACCAACGCCAGAGGAAGAACGCAGACUGCCGGCGCGGCCUGCUGGGAACGUUGCUCUUCUCCACCUCGCUGGUCAUCACGAUUGGAGUUCUGUGUGCGUAUGCAGCCAACCAGAACCUGAGCUCUCAGGUGAAGAACAUACGCCGUCUGGUUAACAGCAACAUGAGGGACCUGCAUACCUUUGCUAAUGACACACCAAUGCAAAUUGAUUACCUAAUAUCCCAAUACGCCACCGUCAAGAACAAAGUCAACUAUGACCUAGAUAACAUAGGUCCAUUACUCGGGGGAAGGAUACAUGUACGGUUAGAUAAAGAGGUCCAUCCUGCUUUAAACCAAGUGCUUAAUAUGGCUGGAGUGAAAAUCCAGAGAGCCAUCAAAGCCAUGAGGGAAACCAAGGAGGCCCUGGAGAACGUCAGUGUAUCUCUGGUGGUCUUACAGGAAGGAGCCGGAAAACUUCAUUUCAACUUGAGCCAAGUCUGCGACAGCAUCAACCGCACCCUCGAUGACCCCGGGUGUCAUGACGAGGAAUCGGACGCCACCACGGCUCAACUUUGUCGCAGCAUCCGCCAGUCCCUGUCCCAGCUGCAGAUCAGUGCAAAUUUCACCCGGCUUCCUAAUGUGAACCCUCAGCUGGAAAAGAUGAAAAAUGUAGUGAAAACGGAUCUCAGCUCUGUUGUCCACAGGGGUUUUUCCUCUUUGAAUGACACACCGCACAUUGUGAUUGAACAGACAAGAAGCGUUGUCAACAGUGUCCAGAAUUUAGUGGACAGUGUCGGCAACAACAUCAGCAGCUUCUCCAAAGCUUUCCCCUUGCAGACCUGCUUGUCCAACUUCACCAUCUUCAUCAGCCAUGCACACGCCAAAAUCGAAGACUACUAUCCUGAAGUUGAUAAAAUGGAUUUCUACAGAUGGAUCGGCUGUAUCGCUCUGUGCUGCAUGGUGGUUCUGGUUUUGGCCUUUAACUAUUUGGGCCUUCUGUGCGGCACCCUGGGAUACGACAAGCAUGCCUCACCGACGACACGAGGAUGUAUCUCCAAUACAGGAGGAACACUGCUGAUGGCCGGUGUUGGAUUUAGUUUCAUUUUCUCCUGGAUGCUUAUGGGAGUGUUGACCACCAUCUUUCUGGCAGGAGGAAACAUGGAGAAACUUCUUUGUGAGCCAUUUCACACCAAAGAACUUUUCAAGGUCGUUGACACCCCAUACUUGAUCAACCCAGAGUGGAAGAAUUUCAUUCCAGGCUACAUGUACAAUGACUCUGAUCUGGAGCUCACAUCGGAAAGCUUGUACAGUACUUGCAAACAGAACAAAGGCAUCUACUCUGCGCUGCGUCUGGAUAAAGUCUUCAACAUCUCCUCGUUCCUGAACACCACAGUGUUCACUAAGGAUGUGGUGCGUCAGCUGGAGAACUUUCGGAUUGACCUGAGAACGAUAAUCCUGUUAGAAGCAGAGGGGAAGCAGAACCUCCUAGAUUUCUCUGAAGCUGGCUUAUCAGAGAUCAACUACGCUGACUACCUUGAUGAGGUGAAUAAAGGAGUCACUGUGGUGGAUGUUCUUUCAUUCGCCAAAGAGCUGGAGUCCCAGACAGACCUGAUGCCCAGGGGACCUCUGCAGGCAGCUCUGAAAGGCCAUGUGGCCACUCUGCAGCGGAUCCACAGACAACAGAUCACUCCAAUGGAGCAGGCCAUGAAAUAUGUUAGAGCAAGGAGUGCAUUGAACCAGAGUAUGAGAUUCCUGGAGAGGACAGCUUCUGACCUCCCGAACAAAGUCACAGAUGUUCUUGAGGCCAUUGAAGCUGCUCAGCACCUCAUCUCCCAGAAUGCAACACUUUUAAUCAAUCAGGAAACAAGAAAAUACUCAGCAACCAUUAUUGGCUAUUUCAAUCAGUACAUAGAAUGGGUCAAAACAUCAUUGGCUUUGGAGGUUGCACCAUGCAAGCCCUUCAGCAACAUCUUGGAUACAGCGCAGAUCAUGACCUGCAGUUUCCUGGUGGAUUCUAUGAACACUUUCUGGAUGGGCCUGGGCUGCAGCACAUUAUUCUUGCUCCCAAGCGUAAUACUAGCUGUGAAACUAGCCAAGUACUACCGCAGGAUGGACACAGAGGAUGUUUAUGAUGACUCCUCUGUUUCUGGGACUUGGCAUUUUACUUUGUGAUAACCAUUCCUACUAUUUCCAUCAUGUCAUAUUUUUCAUUUUAUUCAUUCUUCUUUGUCAAGCACUUGGCACUUUACAAAGAAAAGACAUUGAUAAAUUAGUCAAUUCUUAUUUCUUCUUCAUGGGCCUUUUUCAUGUUCAGACUCUGUGGACUCAUGGCUUUAUCUACAGUAGUAGUAAUUGUAAUAUCUCAGCUGAUCAACUGCAUCUCCCUCUGUACAAUCAGUGCUGGAUUGCACAGAAGGACUUCUGAUGCAUUUCUUUUGCUGAAAAUCUCAAUAACAUUUUUAUGUUCCUGUUUUCUGUGUAUCUCCAUAGCGUUGAGACAAUUCCCAUGAAAAAGUAAGACGUUCUUCCCCAACCUCCUUUUCAUUUUAACUUCUCUCACUCUGUGCUUUUUUCCCCCAAGUAAUGUAUAUAGAAAGCUGUUUACUAAAUUCUUGGUGCUCGUUUGCAUUUUUGAGCUUCAAAAUUGCUCAUGUGGGUGAACGAUGUGGCUUUUUGUCAUGUGCUAUGUUUAAGAAGUGCCCCUUACAGUACCUUUCAUGAAGGGCUCUAGCUAUCAUUCAAGUGUUUUUUGUAAAAAGAAAUUGUGUAAAUAAAACACUAAGGUUUAUACUCAGAACAUAUUCAUCUCUUGAUAUUGUUAAAAGAUGUAUCCACAUAUAAAGGAAACAUUUUUAUUCAGCAUGUCGCAUUUCUCAUUUUUCAUUCCAUUUUUGUUCACGAUGUUUUAUUUUCAGUAUGGAAAUUGGUAAUAAUGGUUAUCAUAGUGAGAGUUCACAAGGUAUUCCUAAUCCUAUGAUGACAAGGUAAACUUCCUAUUUAUCCUGCUAACUGCAUGUCAUGGUGGAGGUGGAUGCAUGCCUGGGAAGUUGGUUUUAUAUAUAAUAUGGCUGAACACAGUGCAUGCUCGCAGAGGGAGUCAUUUCAAGACACGCACAUGCAUAAGUGGGUGUGAUAUUGUAGCAGUGGUAGCUUUUAUUAGAAACAAUCCAGAAUCAAUUUUUUUUGGUGUCCAUGAUAAAAAAUGCUUUAAAAUGAAUUUCAGCAGUGGUUUAACAUUUGGGGUGGAGUGUGGGAUUUGUUGAUGAGCAUCAGAUCAUAGCCCCACUGUUUUCUUUGAGGCUGAAAUAUGGAGCAGAAUAAAGAACGAUUCCUUUAUUCUGUCAACUUGAAGACUGGGGAUUAUUGGAAAACAAAUACUAAUAAAGGUUUGUCACAGAGAGUAUCUAAAGCUAAUACGCAUAACUCUGUAAAAAGUGCCAUUUUCACAAUCAACAUUUUAAAUAUCACAACUUAGAAAUGUAAUUGCAAUUUAUAUUUAGUGAAAAUACUUGCUUAUCUCAGUGAGCAAAAGUAAACUACAGGUGAGUAUUAUACAAAUAAGAGCUGGAACAUCUUGAUGGAGAAAAAGAAGGAGCACAUUUUGUUACUAUAUAACAAAAAUUAUGGUCUUUACUCUGAGGAAAACUAUACCCUCACUUAAACUCUUUUUCAUCAAAGAGAAAUUAGGGUUUCAUUUCCCAAUAAUCAGUCUGACUCUUCCACCUUCCAACAAUCAUAAGAGCCUUGAGGCUGAUGAAUCUGUCUGCUACCACUACUUCACUGUCAUGUUGUAAAUGUUCUGCUUGGUGGUUUUGAGGGAAUCUACCAUAUUACUAACCAACUGCUUUCUUUCUGACGCUGGGAAGUUCCUGUGGAAUGAAAUGAAACCUUCUCCUGUUUCCUCUCGUUUAGUGUCGGCCAAAAUCCGAUGAAUGUACACCUGAUCAUUUUGUUCAGAGAGAGGCAAGCAUGUUGAGCUUUACUGUGUCCCUGGAUGUGGUGCUAGUUUUGAUUUUCUUUUCUGAAUCUAACCAGAUGCUUAACUGCUUGUUUUAUCUUUUUAAGUUGCAUUUGGAUGCAGAUGAGUUUGCACCAACCAGCAAGAUAAACACAGAGAGUAAAACAUCUAAAUGAGGACUUGCUCUGACUUGUUGCGGUUUAAAAAAAUCGGAGUUUCAUUUCCAGUUUGAACUUGCAAGAUUAAUACAACUUUUUAUUAAACCUUAUCUUUCUAUUUGAGUUGCAUUAAGCUUUUGGAAUGAAACUCACACGUCAAUAGGAGUAUUACAUAAUUUAAAACCUGUUCUAAUUGAUCAACACUAAACUACUCUGUUUGCACAGUAAGCUACUCAGAGAAUGUUUUGCUCUCUGUUGUAUGAACUGCUCACCCUUCUCCUCUUGCCACCAAAAGGAAGUGGAUGUAAAAUGUUGAGUCUGUCUGGUAACGAUUUUCCCUGUGUGUGCGUGUUUGUUCCUGUGAUGGUAGCGUCCCGACAUAUGACACAAUGAACAGGUUUCCACGGGCCUCGGCUCCUCCGAGGCACAUCGAUUGGUGAGAGUCAGCUCUAGCUUGGCUCUUGAAAGGUACUGGUAACACAAAACGACGACUGUCUCUCUAACACCGAUUUCCUCACACCUCUCCUCACAGCUGUCCUGCUGAGUCAGCGAUCAUCUGUUUUAAAUCUUAUAUUGCUAAUGUGCUAACACUUUUAACACCUGUUCACAGCUUGUUUUAGUGCUUUUCUGCUUGCUGAAAAACCAUCAUGGUGAGAAUGACUAAAUUUACUGUAGAUGCUCGUGACUCAGUGUUUUAGAGAGAAGAAACCUUCAAUUUUAUUUUGAUUUAUAUUUAGGAUAAUAUCAUGCAGUUUAAAAAACGUUCUCUAACGUGUCUACUGGCUCUUGUGAGUGGUUGUGUUCAGUUAGUGCGUGAGAUAAGUGAAACCCUUUUAUAUGUAGUUACCUCCACCUAACAGCACCCUCCAUGUUGAAUAAAACCACUGGAAAAGUUGUGUAAUGCCUUAAAAAAUAGUAUUUUAUUCUAGUAUGUCUUACAGCAGCAUCAUCUCACAAUGACAAUAAAAUAGAAAAAAAAUCGAACCUUUAAUUAUAAUACAUUUAGUCAGAGAGGAAUGCUGCAGCAUUGUUAUUUUCUUAUAGAUUAUUGCAACUACCUUGAAAGACCUUUUACAUGUCUUCAGAAUGUAUUAGUUUCCACUGGUGUUGAAAAAAUUAUUUGGUGAAAUGACAAUUUGACCAAUUCUGAAUUUUGUGAAGAUAUCUGAUCUCUGAGACUGCAGAGAUACAUUACAAAUUUUCAUUAGUAUCUAAGGAACUGCAAUAAAAACUUAACUUAUUUUAGGGAUAUUUUUGUUUUGAAAUAUUUUCUUGCAUUGUAAUAUCUAAAGUAUCUUUCUCUGCUAUUUGCCCUUGUAGUGCCCUUGACAACUGGAAUUAAACGUCAUGCUCACUUGAGGAAUCUCAAAAUACGCUGGUUUCUUCACUUCAAAAGAAGAACACAGAAGGUCCUGCUUGUUCAAUGAUGCAGAUCAAAUUCUCCAGUUUGGUUUCUGCCGGCAGGACGCUCACCUUAUCAGCCCUCAGCAUCAAUCUGAGCCAGGUUUCAUCUACAUUUUCCAGGACUGUUGUGUCUGUGUUUACAUUUGUUUGGACACAAAACCAAGCUGAAAAAGCCCUUGAGAGGACAUAACAUUGACUGUUGUGUUUGCUCGUUUUUAUGAACUUUGUGCUCAAGAAAAAAGAAGCUGGAGAAAGUUUUAUUUUCUUCCUGCAGUUAAAAAGGGUGUUGCACUUUCAAAGUGAGUGUCAAAAGACAGGUUUCAUAAAGAUCUGAUUGUUUUGUUGAAAAAAAUGCAUCCUUUUUAACUGAAACACAAGUGAGCUCAUGGAUGUGAUAUUUUAUCUGUUGAGAAAAGGCUUGUGUGAACAGUGGUAUAACAACUUGUGGAGAGAAUUUGUAAGAAAACUAAGCAUGACUUUUUUUAUAGCUGUUUACAAUAUUUUCAUACAUGUUGGUCUUGUUAAUUUUAGGUGGCUAUGGGUCAAUUUUCCUCUUUGACAAUUCAUAACCUCAUUCAAAUUGAGCCAUUUUGUCCCCAAAUUCUUCAAUAUAUUACCUAUAAAUCACACUACUUGUAUCCUGUUGUUCAAAUCUCAGGAAUAGUUCAAUAACAAAGAUGCAGUUUUAUUUCUUAAAAAAAUUAUAUUGCACCCUUUUUUCAUUGGUUUUGACUCUGAUAUCUACUUGAACCUGUCCCACUGGAGUCACAUGACAAAAAAGAUUUUUUACAGUAGAAGCAAAAUACCAAAAAUGAUUUUAACUCAAUGGUCAAAUUGGGUAUGAAAUGUCCCCUGACUGAAUGUUGGUAUGCAACAUCCAAUGACAGAUGUUGCAUACUAACAUUUGUUGCAUAACAACAACAGAUGUUGCUGUUGUUGGUAUGCAAUAACUAUUCAGCGUGAAAAAGGCAAAACUGGAAAAGUAUGAAAUGACAAAGGGGCAACAUGACCCACCUGUAUGUGAGAAUCACUGAAGAGGACUGUCUGCCUUUGGGAUGUUUUACCAUAACGUUACAGUUAAAAAAGGCCAUAUCACUAUGUUAAAUAUAAACAAUCUAGGAACUGACAGCAUUAAAAUGCCCUUUCUGUACCAUUUAAACUUGUGUCAGAUGUUAACAUUUAGCAUUAUUUGUAAUUCAGAGUGGUAAGUUGUUCUAAAGCUUCUACUUGGAGUUUUAAAUACCAAAUCUCAGAAUUAUUUUGAAGAGUGGGUUUAGAAAAAAAACACAAAUUCUUGAAGCAAGGGACCCAUAUGAUCAGUCAUCUUCCUUUGUUAUGGUAAAAAAGCCCCAUCACAACCACACAGUAACACCAAAUGACAAAUUCUUACCAAAUGCAUAGCUGAUGUGUUUUGGUUGAACUAUCCAUAUAAAUAAUACAGUACAGUUGGAGAAUAAUAGUAAAAAUAACAUCUACUUCUAUUUCCUCUAUGUACCACAUGCGUUUAUUUUCAGGUCUUUCCUGCUUUAUGGUACUCAUAAUUUUAAAGUGGAAAGUUAACUGAAGCCAAAUCCCAUAUUUUUAAAUAGUCUUUCUGUGGCACACUUUUUGCCCUUCGCCUGCUUUUUUGUUAAACAGUACUUCUACUUCUGAAUACAUGGAACUUUUGAAUGUGUUCAUUCAUUAAUUGUUGUUAUAUGUAGAGGUUGAGCGAGAAUUAUGCUGAUAUUGUUACAUCAGGGAGGCCAAUCAACAUAUCCUAUAUCUCAUAUUUCUAUAUAGAUGCUUUCUCCAGUGAGAGCUUAGACAAUCAAUUUAUGGGACAAAUGAGCAUCAUCAAUCAGAUUGUUAAAAGAAGUAUUUUUCAUGGUUUGCACAGAUCUGAUUUAUGUGGACUGUGAAAAAAGCAAUACCUGCCUUAGCAACCAAAACUUGGAUUUUGUUCGUCACUGUCAAUGCACAAUAACUAUAAACAUAUACCAGGUAGUAGAUUAUAUAAUAUGCAUAUAUGAAGACUAACAAAAGUCAGUUUUUAUGCGAAUCAAAUAUAUAUAUAUAUAUAUAUAUAUAUAUAUAUAUAUAUAUAUUAAACUGUAAUGGUAAAGGCUCGUCUAAAUUUAAUAAUUUAUCCAUAAUUUCUAUAUUACAUUUGUUUUAUACUCCCAAUAAAUCCGUCUUAGAUCCAAGUUUGAUAUUGUUUUUAAAAGACAAGCCCAUGGGCUUGAAUAAAAACAAACAAAAACAAUGUGUCAAUUAAGAAGUCGCUAAAGAGAGUACUAACAUUUAACAACUUUUAAUUAGGUUACCAUGACAAGGAUUAAAAAUUAACCAAUUUUUGUAGAUUUUUGUGCACAUCUGACUUCUAUAAAGCCUGUAAUUGUAAUUUGCUGUAAUUUGCAGUAGAAGUACUGACAAUAUUUACCAAUGGUUUACAAGUUAUGCUCUGCUACACUGACUUUACACACUAUUUUGAAUAAUUUUAUUUCUCCAAAGAAAACACUGACUGCCAUGUUAAAAUGUCCCAGCUGUGUUUUUCCAUAAUGUGAACUCAGCUGUGUCUCUUCCCAGCGUUCUCUUUUUUUGCUUGCUUCAUUUAUAAACUUAGUUUUCCUCAAGGUGGACAUUUUUAGGUGAUCGGUGUGCUCAUGCUGACUAUCACAGUUUUACUCCUUGCUGGAGUCUGGUAACGCAUUUAUGGGGACAAAUUCACAACUUAAGUGCUUAAACUAGGUAUAUAUGACAGCUUUGGGUUGAUCAGAUGAAUGGGUUGCUGGUUUGAAAUGUGAUGCUGAACAGUUGGGCGAUGAUGGAUCCAGGAAGAUGCUUGUUUUUUAUGUGGAUAUUAAAAAAAGUGUAUAAAUUGUGAAUAAACUCUCCAUUUCAAGUUA